AUGCCUCACAAGCACAAGAAAACGAAUAAAGAUGCCCAGAAGAAUGGCUCAAAAGGGUCUGAUGACAAGUCGGCCCCUCUGGAGCCAGAUGCUGUGUCUCUGCCACUCCUAGCCACCACGAAUUACCGAGAAAUCCAUCAAAACGAAGCGGAAGCACUGCGUUCGAUCUACGGCGAUGACUUCGAAGAAAUAGAGAACAGACGUUCAGCGUGGCAUCAAUCCUCAGAUGUCGCAUUCAAGCUUCGACUGCGAGCCUCCUCGAAUCCUGAUAUCGCAGUCGUCUUAGUAGUCGAGCUUCCAGCGACGUACCCGAAGACCGCGCCGCAGCUUUCCUUGCAAGAAUUAAAUGAUCUCCGUCGCGGAGCAAAAUCAAGGAUCGAGGAUAUCGUUCGGAACAAACCUAAAACCUUGCUCGGUUCUGAGAUGAUAUAUGAGGUUGCGCUGUCUAUCCAAGAUACUCUCGAGGACGCAGCACAGGCGCAAGCGGAAGACAAGGAUAUCCCAAGCUUGGAGGAAGAACGCAUUGAACAGGAGGCAGUCGCGAUCCAGCACGCUGAACAACUCAGGCAGGAAGAGCUACGUAAGCAGGAGGCAGAAACAGCAGAGGAAGAACGAACGCUACAGCAGCUCAUUCAGGACAAACUCAAGCAACGAGAACGGUCUAGGAUCUCAAGGAGGAAGAGUCGCAUAGCCAAUAUGGAUGGCAAUCUGCUGGAGCCCACGGAGGAGACUCCGGGUGUCAUUACUUUCGACCCUCCUCUGGUCAUGAAUGACAAUGAAGGCCAACCUCUGGUUUUCCGUGGUAUCUGGGGGAAGACUAUGCUCAAGAGCACGCACGACAAGGAGACCUUCACGGUUCGGCCGGCAGUCCGCGAUAACAAGGACAAGCUGCGCGCACCCCCUCUUCUUCUGAAAGAGAUUUUUCUUGAUGAGCAGGGCCCCGAGACACCAGCUUUCCGCCAAAAGAUGCGGACCAGCGAGGACAAGCUGGAGUCACUAAAGAAAUUACGACAUCCCAAUCUGGUCGACUUUAUCGGGUUCAAGAUCCAUAGACCACUCGAUGCGUACGAUUCUUAUGACAACACAUGGCGCAUAUACGUGCUAUUUGAAUUCGCAAAUAAAGGGUCAUUGUCCGAGCUAUUGGACAUUAUCGGCAGCGUCUCUGUAGAGAUCAUUCGUUCUUGGAUGCUUCAGCUUCUACAGGCACUUGAGUAUUAUCAUCGCUGCGGCAUAUCUCAUGGCAACAUCAACUCUACUCGUGUUUUUCUUUUUCGAAGCCCAGCGGGCGACACGACUGUAAAAUUGCAGGCAAGCGUUGAGGAAGCGUUGCCCCAUCCCUCAGGCACGAAGCAAUCUCUGGCAACCUCAAAGUCACCAUUUUGGUUGCCACCAGAGCUCACUCAGGACAGUGUGUCGGCAACGAAUAAGACCGACAUAUGGGAUCUGGGUAUUGUGUUUCUCCAGAUGGCAUUUGGAAAGGAUGUUCUACAGCGGCACACAUCUGCCAAUGCUCUGAUGGGUUCACUCGACCUCUCAGAGCCGCUUCAAGAUCUGCUCCACGAGAUUUUCAGACCAGAUCCUAAGAAGCGCCCUGGAGCCUUUCAGCUUCAAGCAUCCGAGUUCUUCCGUGUCGAUGUCCCAUUGAUCAUGCCCAGAAGUGCAUCGAACUCUGUUUCGCUUCAAAGACGCCCUAGACUUGAUUCUCAGGGUGUGAUGCCUGCCUUUUCACGGUACGGCCAAGAUUUCGAUGAAGCAGGUCGCUUGGGAAGGGGGGGUUUUGGCCAAGUGGUCAAGGCAAGAAACAAGCUAGAUGGUCGUUUCUACGCCGUGAAAAAGAUUUCCCAGACAUCCUCUGCGGCACUCAAGGAUACUUUGUCGGAAAUUAUGUUGCUUUCACGACUUAAUCACCCCUAUGUUGUACGAUACUACACCGCAUGGCUGGAAGAAGACUUCGACAACGUCGAUGAAGAGGCAGUAUCCUCCACGGAUGGGGACCCUCUGUCUAGCCGAGAUGAAGGUGACGGGGAUGAUGAGACCGAGUAUGAAUACAGUACGACUGGUGGCCUUGAUUAUAUCAGUUCGAGUGGCUAUCCUAAGGUCGAGUUCGGCUAUGACACAGAUGAGGAGAACGAUGGGACGGCCACUGAAGAUAACGAAUAUGUAAAUGGAGAUCAUACGUCAACGAGCGACGGUCGAGAACUUGCUCGAAUGACGUCGGGCUCCCAAGGUCGGCCCGUUACCACGACACUGUACAUACAGAUGGAGUACUGCGAGAAGCACACUCUUCGCGACCUGAUCAGGAAUGGACUCUACGAUGAUAUUGACAGUUCAUGGCGUCUAUUCCGCCAGAUCUUGGAUGGACUGAACCAUAUCCACGGCCAUGGCAUAAUACACCGGGAUUUGAAGCCUGACAACAUCUUCAUUGACGUCGCUAACAACCCACGUAUCGGAGAUUUCGGUCUGGCUACAAGUGGCCAGUUUUCCACUGCGGUGCUCUCCUCUGGAGCAGCCGAAUAUGCUGGCAACUUCACCCGCAGCAUCGGCACCACCUACUAUGUUGCUCCAGAGAUGAAAUCGGUCGCCGGUGGUAACUACAACGAGAAGGUGGAUAUGUAUUCUUUGGGUGUCAUCUUCUUCGAGAUGUGUCAUCCCCUCAAGACAGCCAUGGAGCGUGACCAGACCCUACAAGCAAUUAGGGAAAGGGUUCAUACGCUUCCUGCGACCUUUGAGCUUCCGGAGAAAGCUGUGCAGGGCGAGAUCAUCGAGUCGCUUCUCAGCCACCGCCCAAGCGAACGCCCCUCAGCCGCAGACCUUCUUCAGAGCGGUAAAAUCCCACUUCAGAUUGAAGAAGAAACAUUCAGACGAGCGAUCAUUCGUCUUCUUUCAGAGCCAAACUCUCCAGACUACAAGAGAAUCCUCUCCGCGAUUUUCUCCCAGUCUCCCAAGAGAUUUGAAGACAUUACGUGGGAUCUGGACUCUCGCGGCACUCCAGCAGCAAACGAAAUGCUCGUUCAGGGAUUGGUGAAGGAGAAAUUGACCGCCAUAUUUCGAAGACACGGUGCAGUCGAGACUUCGAGGCAGCUGCUUUUCCCUCGGUCAGGGCAUUAUGGCAAUGGCGUCGUGAGACUCUUAGACUCCGCAGGUAAUCUGGUCCAGCUUCCUUUCGACUUGACUCUUCCAAACGCUCGCGCGAUCCCGCGUCAGCACACUUCGCUCGAAAGGACAUUCGCGUUUGGUACCGUCUAUAGGGAAUCUCCUCAUGGUGGUGAACCUAGAACCCACAGGGAAGCUGACUUUGAUAUCGUCUCCCACAAUACUUUGGAUCUCGCCUUAAAGGAGGCCGAGGUCAUCAAAGUGCUCGAUGAAAUCAUCGAAGAGUUCCCGCCAUUACGAGCCGUGCCCAUGUGUUUCCUCAUCAAUCAUUCGGACCUGCUCGCUGUGAUCAUGGAAUUCUGCCGUAUCACUCCUUCUCAGGUCCCCGUUGUGAAAGAGGUCAUCAGCAAGCUGAACGUGGGCAAGUGGACCAUGCAGAAAAUAAGAAGUGAGCUUCGUGCCCCUUCCAUAGGCGUUGCGUCUACUUCUCUAGAUGAUCUGGCGAGAUUCGAUUUCAGGGAUACUCCAGAAAAGGUGUUGCAUAAAUUAGAGACGAUCAUGGAAGGCACGGAAUACACUGAGAGGCUCCCGCCGAUAUUCGCUCGCAUCAACGGUCUGAUUUCGUAUCUUCAAGGCUUUGAGAUCAAGCGAAAGGUUUACGUGAAUCCCCUGAGCAGUCUGAACGACAAGUUCUUCAGGGGGAGUAUCCUCUUCCAAUGCGUCUUUGACAGCAAGAGUCGUGAUGUAUUUGCCGCUGGUGGUAGAUAUGACCGACUGAUCCAGGAAUUCAAUCCUCGGGUCCUCUCCAGUCGGUCCCAGCCGCAUGCAGUCGGUUUCAAUUUGAGUUGGGACAAAUUAAGCAGCAGCAUGUUCGACUAUCUGAAAGCGACAAGUAAAACAUUCUUGAAAAGUUCAGAGACGGAAACCGGGGGAUUUUGGCGCACUCGAAGAUGUGAUGUUCUCGUUGCGAGCUUUGAUGCCACUGUUCUGCGUACUGUGGGUAUCAAGACUGUCCAGGAGCUAUGGGCGCACAAUAUCAGCGCUGAGCUUGCUGUUGAUUCUUCAUCACUUGAGGAGCUCCUUGCAAGAUACAGAGAUGACAAUCAUGGUUGGAUUGUCAUUGUGAAGCAAGAUAGCAGAGAGCGUGGCUUGAAGGUCAGAAGUCUUUUCCCGAAGGAGGAGUUCGACGUGAGGAGCUCUGAGCUAGUUCCCUGGUUGCGAAACGAGAUCCGCGCACGCAAUCAACGCGAAGGUACCGCGGAACAUCCAAAGCUGCACAGAUUGUCCAACCAGCAGGAAGGCAAUCUCUCUGCCGGUGAUCGUGGAAAUGAUGUGCGCAUCUUGGUCUCACAGCACAGGAACAAGAAGACCAACAGAAGAAAUAUCGUGGAAUCUGCUCUUCUGCGCGCUCGUGAAGUAGCUGACAAGGCACUUAACGGCCCUAUCGCUGCCAUCGACACGAGAGACGAUGUCCUCGACGCAAUCAGAGACACACGCUUGUCCGACCCCGACAGCUGGCGCACUGUCAUCCAGAGUGCGCCUCUGACUGAAAGAAAAUAUCUAACUCAAGUGCAUGAGUUACUCAAUGAUCUUGCAAACGAAAGUCGUGACGCCGAUGACGGCAAGGAGAGCUACUCGAACGCAUUUAUUUACAAUUAUCGCACGGGAUCGUGCAUCUAUUACGAUCUGACGCGUGGAAAUGAGAGAUGA